AACCAAACCAAGAUGGACUCCCGGCCAGGAGCCCGCGCCGUCUUCGCCGGGGCCCUGAUCAUCGUUCUCGCCAUGGCAUCUAUCGUAUACCUGCAGCUGGACCUGACGCAGAUCGACCUCUCCGCUUGUGACCUAACACUACCAAGGGAGGAGUCGUGGUCGGUGAUGAAGUUGGUGAAUAGGGUUUUGGGGGCUUUUGUUGAGGUUAAUAGUUAUAUGCAUUGCCAGUCUAGAGUCCCGUCGCCGCCGCCGUCGUCUUUCCCAGGGUUCUUUGAUGAGUCUCUGGAUGGGGUGUGGUCCGAGGCAUAGGGUGCUUUUGUGAGGAUCUGGAUCGGUUGGGUUGCAUAUCAUUGGGACGUUGAGUGCGACGGGUGGAUGGGAUCUGCAUGCACAUACGAAGGGUCCUAUUACUUCUGGGAUAUUGAGGUUUGGGGUUUGAAUAGUGGCAUGUUGCGAGUAGCCAACUUUUGACGUUCAAUCACCGGGCUGCAGGCCUAAG